CUCAAAUAUGCAUAAUUCUAAAACAAUACAAAGUUCAUAUGUCAUCUUCUCAGAUUGAUCCCAGGUUACCUGAAACCUAUUGAACCGGUAAAAACUAAAAAAAGGCAAAAAAAAAAAGGAAUAAAUGGAUGCUUCUUUGAACGGCUGAAACAAGAGGCCUUUAUAUACUUCUUUGGGCACAGUUGACCGGCCGGCCAGCGAAUGCAGGAGCAGAUGGAACGGUCGGCAAGGAGGAGCAGACUUCCAAUCUCUUCUCUCCGGUUCCAUACUCUAUUCGAAUUGAGGUCCUGGACAUGUUGAUUUCCUCUUCAAUCAACUGGGAAUCUCCCAUCGCCGGUGGAGUCGUGGAAACAAAGUUUGUGACGGCAACAAUCUAGGGACGAUGAAGCACAUUCAGCUAUCUCCCUUCUACCACCUAUGACUCUGGUUUUGCUCUUCUCAGCUAUGUAUGGAAAUAUUCCGACUAUCUCCCCUCCACGUAUCUCUUCUGAAUCUCAUCCAGCUGUUCUCCCCUCUUAAUUCGAAAGAAAAAGAAACCAACGGGGUGGAGAUGAGAGAGUUGUGGUGUCUAGCAACCGAUUCCAUUUCCUUGGUUUUUGGGCCUAAAGCAUUAACCCGCUGGGAAGGGAAGGCAGGGAGGAGCACCGGAGGCUGGAGCAACUAUUUAAAAAUUAAAAGAAAAAAGAGAAUUACAAACGAAAAAGAAGUAAAAAGAAGGGAGAGUGGGAGAGAAGAGGGGAGGAAAGAAAAACGACGAAUGAAAAGGAUAGUGCACACCAAAGAAAACUCAGAGACAACGGACGGAGCAACAGAGAAAAAAGAGAACAUACGGAGUAAGAAAUAAAAUAAGAACAAAAAAAGACUAAUCCAAACAUGCCACGUGCCAAUUCAAGUGACCUACUGAAUUGAUUUAUGUAGGUCACCGGGUUGUUUAGAGAAGAUGACCCUCAUACAUUGAAUUAUUUUAGAAUUAUAUAUAUUUGGGAUUAAUAAUAGAAUACACCUGAUAGUUGGGAUUAUUCAUGUGAAUUUUUCCAUUUAUUUAAGACUAAUUUAAUACAAAUUUUAAAGUCGGGCUCAACCCUGACAUUUUAUUGGCCCGUUAUAGUACCAAG